AUGGCACGUUCGCUGCGGCUACUUCUGGUUCUGCUCUUCGGCCGGUUCUGCGAAGGCUUUUACUGCAGAGUCCUUGAGGAUGUGGCGCGAAACCUGCCAAGAGGAUGGCGGCAAGCCCUGAGGCAAUUCAAUGCGCUGCUUUGCCCAGCGGAGCCCAAGAGGCCUGAGUUGUCUGAAGAGUACCUGCAACAUUUGGAGCAUCCCGCUCUAUUCUUCCGCGUGGACUUCACCAAGAAGGAUCUCCACGAGAAAGUGGGCUUGGAUUUGUCCCUCCGCAAAGACUACCUUGAAGUGGAUAAGGUGAUUCCCGACGGCCCUGCGGCCCGGUGGAGCGCCCAAAAGCCCUUGAAGGCGCUGCAACGGAGAGACCGGAUCAUCGAGGUGAACAGAGUCAUCGGGAACGCCACAAAGAUGGUUGAGGAGCUGAAAAGAUCGGCCUUUCUGCGAUUACUCGUCCUCCGUGUGAGUGAAGAGGACCGCAAGGAGCUGGAGCGACAAAAAGCCGAGAAGGACCUUCUGAAGGUGCUGCAGAUGCCCGGACCUCCGCAGCUGUUGGGCGGCAUCCCUGAGCCGAGCAUUUCCAAGGUCGCCACGCUUCAUGCCCGCAACGUGGAGCAAUUUCUGGCCAUCCAGCCCAUCACUGUGCUGAUGGUCUAUGCCCAUGGGUGCAGCCACAGCCAGCGGAUGACGCCGGAGUUCCGCAGGGCCGCCGAGCUGCUCGAGGUGAAGGAGCCGACUGUGAGGUUCGCCAAGUUCAACCAUGGUGACAAGGCCAAUGGAGAAAGCGACCUGUGCGAGCCGGAGAGGCUGAAUGUUUCAUCGUAUCCUGCCUUCUUCCUGAUCAACGGGGGGCAACAUGAGCCGUUUUCCGUCCACUCGGCAGAGGAGAUGGCGGCCUUUGUCUCGGCCAAAGUGCGAGGGAAGGAUCCCGACAGGGAGAUCCGCAAGGUCUUGCUGAAGAUCCGACCGAUGCUCUAUCGUGAAGACACGCCUCCUGAGGAGGUCUUGGACUUGGAGCCUGAAGCCUUCGACGAGACAGUCUUGCUGAACUAUCCGGAGAACAAUCGGAUUUGGAUCAUCAAGUUUUACAGCGAGAAGUGUCCCUUCUGCCGGAGCCUCAAGCCUGAGUACCGGCGGGCCUCUCGGGAGGUGAAGUCGCCGAACAUCCGCUUUGCAGCAGUGAACAGCCGAGCCUUCCCCGACCUGGCGGAGCGCUUCGGCGUCAGCAGCUACCCGUGGGUCAUCUCGAUCUAUGCAGGGCGAAGAGGAGAAGACAUGACCGGAUUAGGAGGUGCCGAGAGCCUGGUCCGCUUUGCGCGCGAGCAGCAUCAGAAGCUCUAUUCUGGAUCGCCCAGCUGGGCGGAAGAGUGGCCCAGAUGGCCAGCGCAGGACUCCCUGAGCUCUCUCGCCGAGCCCUCGAACAGCAGUGGUGGGACCUGGCGCGAGUUGUUGGGGCGAAGCACCUGGUUCUUGCUGCAUAGCAUGGCGGCACGCUACCCAGAGACCCCCAGCAAGGCCGAUCAGGUGGCUUUGCAGGGCCUAUUUGCUUCAUUGGGGCAGCAUUUCCCCUGCCCCAUUUGCCGAACGCAUCUGCGUGAAAAGCUCUUGAGCCUUCCCUUGGCUCACCACAACCGCACUGAACUCACCAAGUGGUUGUGCCAGCUGCACAAUAUGGUGAACAAAGAUCUUCACAAAGCGCAGCACUCAUGCAACUCCUUUGAGUUGGAUCUUCAGUACCUCAAGAGCUGCGGCGAGUGCACACAGGUGCAUAUCGAAGAAGAGGAUGAAGUAGCCGCACCUGGCCAUUGGAACUACUUCCAGUACAUGGAGAUGGCUCCGGCUGAAGCUCGGAGACAUGAGCUGUGUGGGACCUCGGCCACCUCAGCCGAGUCGACCCGGUGA